ACCUAACACUGCUCAACAAUGUGAACCAUUCCGUUGGACGUACUGGCUGAAAUCCUCUCUUAUUGAUACUCCUGAGUUUGUUAAAUUCCAUCUAAAACAUUCACCCAAAAUCAACUCUAACCUUUGGGUUGUCCUUAUAGAGACUGAGUCUUUUGUAUAUAAAAACCGAUGUUUCUACUCUCUAAAUAUUGAUUCUCUCAACUCCAGAGUUGUUACUCUGAAAGAAUUGACCAACCCUUUGAGGUCUAGUGGAUAUGUUACCAAGAUUAUUGGUUCUUGCAAUGGGUUGUUGUUGAUAGCAAAUAGUGUGGACGACAUUGCUUUAUGGAACCCGUGUACUGGAAAGUACAAGAAGUUACCAGUUGUGAGUUUUGGUAGAGAAAAUGGUCAUGUUACAUUUGGUUUUGGAUAUGAUGUUGUCAAUGAUGACUAUAAGGUUGUUGGGAUUUUGCAGUUUGCUUGUACUGAGAGAAAGGGUUGGUUUUGCUCUGAUGUUAAGGUUUACAGUUUGAAAUCAAAAUCUUGGAAAGGGAUUGAGGAAUUUCCUUAUUUAGUUAGACAUAAAGAUGAAUCAGGUACAUAUCUAAAUGGUGCACUUCAUUGGGUUGUUAGUACUGAGAUAAAGAUACCUUUGCAAAGACUGAUUGUUGCAUUUGAUCUUGAAACUGAGAAGUGUCGGAUUGUACCUCAUCCCCCGUAUACUAAUGAAACCUUCAGUGUGAAGUUGGACGUGUUGGGAGGCUGUCUUUGCACAUCUCACUCCUACUGGUUUGAUUGUUUUCUUGAUGACUGGGAGUAUUUGGAUAGUUUUGUGGACCAUAUGGACAUAUGGGUGAUGAAGGAAUACGGAGUUAAGGAGUCAUGGACUAAGAUUAUGUCAAUUGAACAGCCAGAUACGCCUAUUGGUCCUCUUGUUGUUCCCCUCGCGUAUUCGAAGAGUGGGGAGGAAAUUCUGGUGGAACAAGAUAAUAUACGGUUCCUAUGGACUAAUAUUGAGAAGGGUUACACAAAGAUUGUUGAUACCCAAGUUGGCACGUUACAGGGCUUUCUGCAUUUCAAUAGUUACAUCUAUUUUGGAAGCCUGGUGCAGCUCGAUUCCAGUGAUGACGCAAGUUAUCUGAAGAAACUGUUUAGUCAAGAUAAAGGAGAACAAAGGAAAACCUUAAAGAGGAGAGGAGAUGGUUUCCUUUCAACGGGGUUCAAGUUGAAGCUUUGAACUAUAUGUAAGGUGAAGAUUUUGACAAGCAAAGGCAUCAACAAGUAAGUCGAUGAAAUAGCUUGAUACUUGAUUGGUGCAGUAGUCUCGUUGUUUACCAAGUGUGCUUGUAGAUGUGGGUCAUAAUAUGUUGUAUGUGCUCGUCCACUUGCCAAAAGGAAAAUCGGAACGCUAUGAUUUGGGUCCACAUUCAAGAGUACCUGAAUGAGUUUCUGUUUUGGCAGGAUGUGCGAUCGAAACAGACUUGUGAUUGGUAUUUUCAUCAGGGAAUUUGAAACAGCACCGAAGCGGGAAGAUAGAGAGUAGUGCGUUGCCUCUUUUACUCUAAUCUCCUCGCCUCUCUUCUCUUGUAAAGAGCAGAGACUCAACUUUUAACAUCUGCGUGUAGUUAAUGUAAAGCUAAACAUACACUGAUGUAAAGACUUUACUUUUGGGAUAUGCUUAUUAAGAGCCCGUUUGGAUUAGCUGAAAAAAAGUGGCUUUUAAGCAUAA